GAAUCUGCCAUUGCUCACAGCCUAUUCACCAUGGCUAACCAUUUUGUGUUGCUUCUUUCAGCAUUGUCAGUUUUAUCAGCAUUAGCCAAUGGUUCAAUUUUCACACCUGCCAUCAAUGCUAAGAAAGUCUCGCAUGUAAGCCAUGCUGUUAUGCAAGGAACCAACCCCAAUGAUGUGAAAGGAUUGGCCGCACUGCAAAGCCAAUUCAGUUUAUUACAAUCAUGGACCGGCGACCCCUGCCUUGGGUUGAUUACGUGGCUUUGGAUCCAGUGUACUUCUGACCCAACAACACCCCGUGUAACUUCACUGGACCUUGGAAGCUAUGGUCUGGUGGGAUCAUUACCUGAUUUUAGUUCCAUGGAUGCUCUUCAGACAAUAGAUUUCAGUUAUAACUUGUUGAAUGGACCUGUUCCUGAUUUCCUUGGCACCUUACCAAAUCUACAAGAAUUGAACUUGGCAAACAAUGAUUUCCAGGGAAAAUUACCAGCUUCAAUAUUAAAAAAUAACAACUUAACAAUAGUGGUAUCAGGCAACACUAAUUUGUGUGCAUCUGACAAUUCAUGCCAGACAACAAAUACAAAUAAUAAGCCUAAUAGUACUCCACAAACCCCCUCAUAUUCAAGCACAAGCAAUAAUGGGAGUAGCAGCAAGCUACCAGCAAUUCUUGGAGCCUCAAUUUCAAUAUUCCUUGUUUUCUGGGUUAUUGUGGGAAUUGUUGCUAUAUUGCACCAUAAGCGUAAAUCAGCAGCUGUGGCCAUACUUGGCGCAGGGUCAAUUAAUGGCACACCACAAGGAGCAGCAAUGAACGCUCAGAUGACAGAUCACAAAGGUGAAGCUGUGGCUAAUGAGCAAGUUAUGAUGGAUCAACAAGGCCAUGAAAAUGAAAACAGAAAUGCAUGUUAACAUAUGAACAUUUUCAACACUCUCUGUCCCUUUUCCCAUUUUUUUUUUUGUUUCUCAACCAAGAUUCAUAUUUCAUGUUAUUAGUGUGAAAUCAUUCAAUGUUUGUUGCUAUUAUUCCAGAUAUCCUUGAAUUAAACACAGAUUGGUAUGGUUCAAUACGAACUUUGUUGCUAUUA